AUGGGCAUUGGGCCUCGUGGUGGUGCCUGGCACGGGGCGAGUCGGUGCCGGCACAGCCGCCAUUACUUCAGUAGGCCUGAUAAAGCCCCUGAUGCGAGUGGGCGCAGGACCUGCCCCCUUGUCUGCCCUGAGCCCCAUGGGGGCCUCUCAAGAGAGAAACUCCCUUGCACCCUUCCCCAGGGCGCUCUCCGGGUAUCUUCUAGGUGGCAUGCCAGCCCCCAAACACAGGUGGCUUUUGGGCCCAGGUGGGUCAGCUGGCUGCUCCUGCCACAUACCCUCUCAGGCCAUUGGGACCCCUGCCCUUCAGAUAUCCUAGGGUCUAGCAGUCACCGUGGGAAGAGGCUAGGGGCUCUCUGGGCAGGAGGGGUGGUCCAAGCAGGACCCAGUCAGGAGUCCUGGAGCAGGGCCAGGGAGGUGCCCACCCCGCCCUGCCCAGCCACCCUCUCUGCUGUUUCUUCUAUUUGUUCUUCUUUUCACCCACAACCCUGUGUUCCUGUCAUCCCUCCUUUCAGCAAAGGUCCUGUUCCCUCUGUCCCACCCACUCCUGUCCCCAAGAAAAUAAGCUAUCAUUGUUGUAUUUGCAAUCUAUGGAUUAGAGGUUUAAGUAUUUAUUAUUAUUGGUUAAUUAUUAUUAAUUAUGUAAAUUUGCCUCCUGUCUGUCUGUUGCGUUGGGUUUCUGAGGUGACCCUGGGUGUGGAGGAUGCACUGGCUCCCGAUUCUUGCCCCCCAACCCCUAUGCUGUCUGGGAGACAGUAGUCUGGGGCCACUGGUUGGGCCCCCCUCCUCCCCUCCCUUUGUCCCUUCUCCAGGGCUGGGGGAUCUGUCUGUCUCAGUCUGUCUCUGCUCCUGCUCUUGAGGUACUGGGCACCCCGAAGUGAGCAGCCAGGGUGGGGAGGAAGGUCCUGUCUCGGCCACUGCCGCCCCCAGUGCUUCAGGAGGCAGGCCAGGGCCCCACCCUGGUGGCUUUCGCCCACCUGGGCCCGGAGUCCUCCCUAAGCCUCUCCCACCUCUCCCACCCCUCCCGCCCAGCCACUGCCUGGCAUUGGGAAUGCCUCACAAUGGACCCAGCCCCUCCUGUCAUUUGCUGGGAAGUCCAGCGGAGGAGUGGGUGCAGGUCCCCUGCCGAGCCUCCAGUCUCUGUGGACUGGGCUGCCGGCCCUCAGCCCCCCUUGGAGCCCCUCACUCCGCGGCCGCACCUUCUGCUCCUGGCCCCUCCCUUUGUAUUUGGAGACAAUGUGUUGUAAUAAAGCUUAAAGUGGAUGUUUUC